CAGCUGUCUCUUGUGGAGCGGCCCCAGCGCCCAUUGGCCGGGCCCCGAUUGGCGCUGCCGGGGGCCGGCGGGCACGUGGCGCUGACAGGGGCCGCGCACGAGGUGCCCCUGGUCCUGCCCGGCCACGUAGCAGAGAGAGAGAGAAACGGGGCCGGGACACUCCCCCCGUCUCCGCUCCUAACGCUCCCCGAUGGCCGGCUGGGCCCACAAGCGGAAAAUCCAACUGACCGGCUUCAAGGGCCAAGAGAAAGAGGAGCUGAUUGACCUGCUGCUCAGGCUGGACUGUGUUCUCAUCGACUCCAAGAAAUACAGAAAUUGCACACACCUUAUAGCCAAACAGCUUUGCAAGAGUGAAAAGUUUCUAGCAGCCUGUGCGGCAGGAAAGUGGAUACUAACUAAGGACUACAUAAUUAACAGUGCUGCAAGUGGCAGAUGGCUUGAUGAAACAACUUACGAAUGGGGAUAUAAACUUGAAAAAGACCCCCAUUUUUCACCUCAAAUGCAAUCUGCACCUAAAAGAUGGCGCGAAGAACUGUUACGCUCUGGUGCUCCAGGGGCCUUCCACAGAUGGAAAGUUGUCCUCAUUGUUAAAGAAGGUGAUAAACGAAGGGAUUCUAUCACCAGGGUUCUAGAAGCUGGAAAGGCAACUAUAUAUCAGUCACAAAAUGCAGAGAGAGAGAUUACUCAUCUGUUCAUUGAUAAUAAACGCUUCACUACAGAAAGAGAGAAACACCUCUUUGAAGCUCCAUAUUAUUCUGUGCAAUAUCUAGGAGAUUAUCUUCUUGAGAGUGAAAUACAAAAUUUUGUUGAAGAUAGUCAUGUGAACGCUUGUCUAGCUGAACAAGAAGCCAGAGAUACAGAAUCUGACAUACACCUUGUUGAAAUGAAACAUGCAUUAAUAAAGCAUAUGUAUUUUGCUCAGAAAAUGAAACAGAAGUCUACUCAAAUAGACCAAUUGAAUGGAUGCAAUACAGAGGUUAAAAAUAAUGACCUUUCCAGAGGUACAUUUUGUAUUCUUGAAGGACUAGUAGAAGGACAUUUCUUUCCUGAUGUUAUAGGAGAACUUUCAGCUGCUCAAAAAUAUUCCAUUCCUCCUGUGCAACAUCUUCAUUCUCUGCUAGAGCAGAUGUUACAGGGAAAUACAGAUGCAGUAUUUUCUGCUAAAUUUUUUCACGUUUUGUACAUUCUUCUUCAACUUGAUCCUCCUUGGAAGUCUCCUUCCAUGUUAAGAUACUAUUUAGAACUUCUUCAGUGUCCUAUUUGCAUGAAGGGAACAUGGUCCCUAUUAGAGAUGCUUGUGAGAUCUUGCCUAUACUGUGAAAAGUUUUGUCAUGGAGUUUCAGGUUCAGAAAAAGUAAAUGAGGAGAGAAUGGUUCACAAAACAUUACUGAAGUUUUUCUUCAAUUUAGUGAAAGCUGAAGUGGAGGCUUUGAUCAAAAGUUUGUUUGAAGAGAUGAAUUCACAGCAGCUGCAAGUCAUGCCACAGACAGUUCUUCUGAAGACCUUUUGGCUAGAAAGCGAAACCUCAGUGCUUUUUACCAAACACAUAAAUAUUCUAGUCGAUUGGGUCAUACAUUGCCAGAGAGAAAAGUACAGAACAAAUGAUAUGUUGAAACAUGAAGUAUCUAGCCUCCUGAAUGGAAUUCUUGGAACUGUAGUAGAAUAUUGGAUUUUGUCAGGCUUCAUAAUGGACAAAAAUGUAUUUCAGCAAGUGGCUGAUAACUUGGCACAUUACAUUGCCAUUUCCUGUGAUGACUUUUCAGCACAGAAAUUAAAAGUGUUCAUUGAUUCUAUACCAUCCCUCUGGCUUCAGAUGUUUGUUGCAGAAGCAGUCUUCAAAAAAUUUUGUUUACAGAGGAACAUUAUUAUUUCUACUGAACCACUUUCUCUUCAGAAAAUAGUUCGUUCCUAUUUACCUGCUUUAAGGGAGCUAGGUAUGCAUGAGACAGUGAAAAUGCAGAAUGUGAAGAAACAGAAAAUAGGGCAAUGGCCGUGCCCUCAGUCUCAAAGGGCAUUACUGAUGCUAAAUGGUGAUAAGCAGAACCAAGUCGAAGGGCUGCCUGAUCUACCUGAAAUAAUCUGUAGUAAGAACCCUUCAUUGUCAGAGACGUUAAGAGUGACAGCAGAAGUUGAAGCAUUACACACCAAAGAGAAUCAUCAGUCUAUGGUUAAAGACAUGCGUCUUUACAAGACUAAUAUUAAAGGAGAGACAGCCCUGCAUAUAGCUUGCAUAAGAAACAAAGUGGAGAAAUUGAUUCAGCUCCUCUCUAUCCCUGGAGUAGACAUUAAUGUUAAAGACUAUGCUGGCUGGACGCCUUUGCAUGAAGCCUGUAACCAUGGCAGCACAGUGUGUGUCCGUGAAAUUUUGCAACGUUGUCCGGAGGUAGACCUGCUCAGUCAAGUGGACGGGGUGACUCCUUUGCAUGAUGCACUGUCAAACGGACAUGUAGAAAUUGGCAAGAUGCUACUUCAGCAUGGGGGACCCAAGCUCCUACAGCAGAAGGACUCUUCUGGAAAAUUCCCGCUGGAUUAUGUGGAAUCCAUACCAGUAAAACAAGAACUUUUGGAUAUUGUUCGCCCAGAAGAGACCGUUGAGAGUUUCUCUAAACAUGUAGAAGAUGAUUUCCACAGCCAGCAAACAGAACUUUGGUUGAUUUUAUUUAGUAAGAUGUUGCUAAACAUUUGCUCUGUUUAUAACCUGCCUUCACCAUUUACUUUGACUUUUAAAGAACUAGGGUGCUCAAAUUCAGUUCCAUUAGUGGUUAAUGAUGGCCAAAAGUUGAAAAAUAGCUUUGUUGCUGAUUGGUUUGUAGAUCUUUUCACUAGAGAGCUAGAAACUUUCCAAAAGCUUCCAAACUUUCUUCAUACAAUAUCUAUGGACCUACAACAUUUUUCUGGAGAACAAAUGGAAGCCUUAUUGGCAACACUGGAAACUAUGGCAAAAACAACUCGGCCCUCUGCAUUCCAUCUUUCUAAUAACUAAGAUUGAUUUUUAAAUGUUUUCCAUUGGUUCAGUGUUUAGUUAGGUUCAUUCUUGUGAACACAGGGUGCACAUUGCAUGUCCUAACACCAGCAAACUUUAGGGGCUGCUUGCCCUUUUAGUGUUAUAAAGCUUUGUUAAUACUUCCCACUGGCAGAAGCUGCAUUCAGGACAUUCUGAACCAGUGCAUCUUCUGGCCACCAUUGCCGUGUGACAAAUUCCUUCUGCUCUUUAGCUUGAACCUUAUACCUGUGGCUUCCUCAGCAAGGGAGAAAUCAUUUGCGUUAAGUUAAACCCCUCCUUUUUUACACUCUGUAAAUUUUCUGUCACCACGUAGACCAUAAUCAAUACUGGCAUCAAAGUCUAUUGACCCGUAACUUAAUCUGGUAACUUCCAACAUAUAAGUAUAGGCCUGUUUUAUGCAACUAAUCUUCUGAAUAUUUGUCAAUAAAUAAAAAAUGUGUGGGGAAAACAA